UGUUACAAGAACGACGGGAUAUAUAUAGCCAACUUUGAGAUCCAGCCCUCCGGGCCCCAGCUCCCAACAAGCGAGCCAACAAACAGUUCUCAAUACCAACAGAGACUCCAUCCAUCCGCAUUUGAAAUAUGUAAUGGUCAGAGAAUAAUAAUACACGCUCAUAUUUCGAUUCAAACUUAGACUUGGGUCCCACCCGCGGUUCAUGCUAUCAUCUGUUUUCCGCGGGCAACUUGAACGAGUCAACUUGAACGAGUCAACGAACGCCGCGGGAAACUUGACCGGCCAAUUGCCAGCACCGGAACACUAUCAACACCACUCCUUAGGCGGCCUACUAAUAAGGUCACAUAUCGGUAGCGUUUGUGAGGUGGGGGAGGGGGAUGGCGAUGGCGAAGUAUAAAACCAGUAGAUCUCGCAUGCAACGUAACAGACUCUGUGCAUCAACCUGCUGUGAGGUUUUACUAUUCGCACUAUAUCCAGACAAGCCUCACACUAAUACGUCGUCCUCGAAAGCACCUCUACACCUCGAAGAAGUCAUUUCUUACCGGGUUUUCAGCCAUGGGUUCCGUUGGCACCAAUGAGACCUUUUGGGCCAAGCACGACAAAUAUGUCAUGAGCACGGGCGUCCCUCCGUGCCCUGUGGUUGUCACCAGGGCCAAGGGUACCCGUCUGUACGACGAGUCUGGGCGGUCGAUCCUGGACUUCACGUCGGGCCAGAUGAGCUCACUGCUGGGCCACUCGCACCCUGAGAUCGUGGAGGUGGUACGGCAGUCCGUGGGGGAGCUGGACCACCUCCUCUCCAACAUGGUCACGCGGCCGGUGGUUGAACUGGCAGAGCGCCUCGCCAGGUUCCUGCCGCGCCCGCUCGAGAAGUCCUUCUUCCUCAACACGGGGUCCGAGACGACCGAGGCGGCCAUCAAGAUGGCCAAGAUGUACACGGGGAACUUUGAGAUCGUGGCGUUCAGCGCGUCUUACCACGGCCUGACGUACGGUUCUGGAAGCGCGACUUAUUCGACGGGCAGGAGGAAUGGCGGGCCCACGAUGCCGGGGCAGCUGGCCUUUCCAGCACCGUACGCCUACCGAUCCAUAUUCCGUAAGGCUGACGGGAGUUAUGACUGGGAGAAGGAGAUGGAUUUUGGCUGGGCGAUGAUCGACCGGCAGUCCGUGGGAUCGCUGGCGGCGUUUAUCCUGGAGCCGAUCCUCUCGACAGGAGGGAUCCUGGUGCCGCCAAAGGGGUAUCUGGCACGGCUGGCCGCUGAGUGCCGGAAGCGUGGGAUGCUACUCAUCCUCGACGAAGCACAGACGGGGGUGGGCCGGACCGGGAAGAUGUUCUGCUUUGAACACGAGGAGGGAGUGGUGCCGGACAUACUGUGCCUUUCAAAGACGCUGGGGUGCGGCUUGCCGCUGGCGUCGGUGAGCACGACUGCUGAGAUCGAGAAGGGGCUCAAGGAGGGCGGGUUCCUCUGGUUGACGACACACUUGAACGACCCAUUGACUGCAGCGGUGGGAUGCAAGGUCCUUGAGAUCGUGGAGAGGGACAGGAUGGCGGAACAGGCGGCGGAGAGGGGAGAGCAGCUUCACAAGGGGUUGCUCAAGCUGCAGGAGAAGUACUGGUGCAUCGGGGAUGUUCGGGGGAUAGGACUGAUGCAAGGCAUUGAGAUCAUCUCGGACAAGGAGGCAAAGACGCCAGGGCCCGAGAUAGGACAGGCUGUCAGCGACAGAGCCAUGGAGGUUGGGCUGUCGUGCAACGUGGUCAACCUGCCGGGGAUGGGAGGGGUCUUCAGGCUCGCGCCCUCUGUCACGGUGUCUGCCGAGGAGAUCGAGGAGGGACUGAGGAUUCUAGACGAGUCGUUUGGAUACGUGCUCAAGGAUCGUGGCGCAGCAGGCAGCACUCCCUAGUAUCGCACCGCGGUGUUUGGUGUUGUUGGCUGUGGCUCCAUGGUGAAUGAAACGGCGCGUCAAGCCUCAAAUGCCAAUCAGCUUAGACGCGAUGUGUGAUGGAGCAUUGGAUCUGAAACCAGCCCACGAUGCUGCAUAUGUGGAUGGAUUGUGGAGUGAUUAUUGGCGAUGGGGACUAGGGGAUUAGUCCAACACCCACGAGCUGCCGGCAGCAAGUGUGCCGUGCUAGGCGGGAGAUCUUCAGCAGUGGCGCCCAGGGAGAGGCCCAGAGACGAGCAGGAGGGAGAAGCUCUGCACAGCCAGACAGCUGUCAUC